GCGCUCCUCGUUACGAGCGUGAGCGACCUCCUUCCCCCUUUCCGCUCUUGCUGGGAUGUUUCCCUUCCGGGUGGAGGAGAAACCCAUGAAUCACAAUCCCAUUGGCUGGGAACGAGGAGAGGGCGUAUAUAGAGGCUUUUUCUGCUUCACGUGCCGAAAUAAUUUGGCUGACUGGAAACCGUGCGCGUUAUUUGCAUGAAUGGGGGAAUCGUUUACCUCCAAUACAGAUUUCCACAUCUGGUAGAGAAGCUGCUUCGGGCGGUCCAAGCAGCUUGUAUUUGCGCUUCCUCUCUUGGAGAAAUGAGUAAAAAAUGCCACUGAGAAUUGAAUUGUCACUUAUUCCCCCCCACCCCCGAACAAAAUGAGCUGCUUGGUCGAGCGCUGCACGCUGGGAAUGGGUGGUUUUUAUCAAUCCAGGGAGUGGGCUGAUUUAACGUUUCCCCUCCCAACAAGUACACCUUUGGGGAAAAUGAGUUACGACUCCAUUGAAACUCCAAUAGUUUAAGUGGAUUGUUAUUGAACAACAGAGAAACUGUCGCUUUCUCAUAGACCAACUGCUGCAUGAGGACUGCUGGACAGGCUGCGACGAAACGGGAAGAGAAAAGGCACAGAGAGAGAGAGAGAGACACGUUGCGUGCCGCGGCCAUCUCAGCUCUUGGCACUGCAGGCUCCCUCUCCCAUUUGUUGUGUGUGGGAACUCGCCCCCUCCCCCGCAAGUCUGCACUCCUGAAUGAAUAUGCGCUUAAAGAAGGGAAGUGGGGUGAGCGCCCUCCUCUUCUUUGUUACGGCCCCUCUCUCACGCUCCCGUUUCGGCAGAAGCCUCGGCCGCCGCCGGAAUCGCCGAGGGAAGGAAGCGGGGCAGAGAAAUUCCGCCGGUGACGUUGCUGGGGGAAUGACGGGAGGUUUUCAAGAUGGCGGCCGUGUGUUGGUGGCGGAUUGGGAGCGACGCCCCGCUUUAAGUCCUUUGCGCUUCGUUGCGCUAAGGGGGGGGGGGUUGACCGCGCUCGCUCGCGCGUUUGUGUGUGUCUGUGUGCGCUCUCUCUCCCUCUCUCUCUCUCUCUCAUUCGAGCGGUGGUGGUGCUGUCGCCGCCGCCCUUGAGAGGGCGAGGUUGGCAGUAGCCGCUGGCGAAAGCGCCCCCGCCCCGUGUCCUCGCGCGUGGAGGUGGCCAUGGCCACCAUGGAGAAGCUGAUGAAGGCCUUCGAGUCCCUCCGUUCUUUCCAGCAGCAACAAAGCCCCGCGACGGUCGCAGCGCCAACAGGCACCGUCGCGGCCGUGUCUUCAGCCGCGGUGGCGGCCGCCGUCCCGGAAGAGCCGCCUCAAAGACCAAAGAAAGAGCUUUCCACAACCAAGAAAGAUCGAGUGAAUCAUUGUUUGACAAUAUGCGAAAAUAUAGUUGCUCAGUCUUUAAGAAAUUCUCCAGAAUUUCAGAAGCUGCUGGGCAUUGCCAUGGAACUUUUCCUUCUUUGUAGUGAUGAUGUGGAGUCAGAUGUUAGGAUGGUUGCAGAUGAAUGUCUUAAUAAAGUGAUAAAGGCUUUGAUGGAUUCUAAUCUUCCUAGGUUACAAUUAGAACUCUACAAAGAGAUUAAAAAGAAUGGUGCUUCUCGAAGUCUGCGUGCUGCUCUUUGGAGGUUUGCUGAACUUGCACAUCUUGUUCGACCCCAGAAAUGCAGGCCAUACUUGGUAAAUCUUUUGCCCUGUCUAACACGAGUAAGCAAGCGAUCUGAAGAAUCAGUACAGGAGACACUGGCUGCAGCAAUACCAAAAAUCAUGGCAGCUUUUGGGAAUUUUGCAAAUGACAGUGAAAUUAAGGUUUUAUUGAAGGCUUUUAUAGCUAACCUUAAAUCGAGUUCUCCUACUAUUCGUCGAACAGCAGCUGCUUCAGCAGUCAGCAUCUGCCAGCAUUCACGAAGAACGCAGUAUUUUUAUACUUGGCUGUUGCAUGUACUAUUAGGUUUAUUAUCCCCCAUGAAAGAGGAAUAUCCCAAUGUCUUAAUUCUUGGUGUAUUGCUGACCUUAAGGUAUCUAAUACCCCUACUGCAGCAGCAAGUAAAAGAUACAAGUCUUAAAGGUAGCUUUGGUGUGAUACGGAAAGAAACAGAGAUUUCUCCUUCUUUAGAUCAACUUAUACAGGUUUAUGAAUUGAGUCUGCAUUACACACAGCAUCAAGACCAUAACGUUGUGACUGGCUCAUUAGAACUAUUGCAACAGCUUCUCAAAACACCACCUCCAAAUCUGCUCUUUGCUCUGACUACUGCUGGUGGUAUUGCAGAAAUGAAUGUAUCCAAAGGUGAAUCUACGAGCAGAAACCGCAGUGACAGCAUAGUAGAACUUAUAGCUGGAGGGGGGUCUUCAUGCAGCCCUGUUUUUUCCAGAAAACAAAAAGCUAAAAUUUUUCUUGGGGAAGAAGAAGGUUUAGAAGAUGACUCUGAAACAAGAUCUGAAGUCAGCAACACAAGUUUUGCAGCAUCUGUAACAAGUGAGUUAACUGGUGAAUUAGCUUCUUCGUCAGUAAUUUCAACAGCUACAAGUUCAGUAACUGAUUCCUCAGGAUGUGACAUCAUAACCGAGCAGCCACGUUCUCAACACACAUUGCAAUCAGAGUCAGACCUGACAAGCUGUGAUUUAACAAGUUCAGCUAACAAAGGGGAUACUGAUGACGAUGAUGUUCUAAGCAGAAGCUCCAGCCAAAUCAGUGCUGUCCAAUCAGACCCUGCAGUAGACUUGAACAGUGUCACUCGGGCAUCUUCUCCUAUUAGUGACAGCUCUCAGACAACUACAGAAGGUCCAGAUUCUGCUGUAACCCCUUCAGACUAUUCUGAAAUGAUUCUAGAAAGUGCUGAAAACCAGUAUUCUGGAAUGCAGAUUGGACAGUUGCAAGACGAGGAAGAUGAAACAGCAAACAUCCUCCAGGAUGAAACCAUAGAACCUUUUAAAAAUCAUUGUUUUGCCCUUCAGCAAUCCCAUUUGUUAAAAAAUAUGGGACACAGCAGACAGCCUUCUGCCAGCAGCAUAGAUAAAUUUAUAUCAAAGGAGGAAACAGAACCUGCAGAUAAUGAAAAUAAGCUCUCCAGAAUUAAAGGGGAUAUAGGGUGUUACACAGAUGAAAAUGCUGCUCCGCUAGUUCACUGUGUUCGCCUCCUGUCUGCCUCUUUUCUGCUUACAGGGGAGAAAGGUGUCUUAGUCCCCGAUAAAGAUGUAAGAGUAAGUGUAAAAGCUUUAGCUAUAAGCUGUGUAGGAGCAGCUGUUGCACUCCAUCCUGAAGCUUUCUUCAGCAGACUGUAUAAAAUGUCUUGUGAAGUCACCAAAGAAGAGUGUGAAGAGGAAUAUGUAAAGGAUAUUUUGAAUUAUAUUGACCACGGAGAUCCCCAGAUUAGAGGAGCAACAGCCAUUUUAUGUGGAACAAUAAUUUAUUCUAUUCUCAGUAAAUCUCGUUUUGAUGUGGAAAAUUGGCUAGCAUGUAUAAGAGUUUCAACAGGAAAUAAAUUUUCAUUGGUAGAUUGUAUACCAUUGUUACAAAAAUCUCUGCAAGAUGAAUCGUCCGUUACAUGCAAGCUGGCUUGUACAGCUGUGAGGCAUUGCAUCACAAGCUUGUGCAAUAGCAACUAUAGUGCCUUAGGUUUAAAAUUAAUGGUUGACCUCCUUACAUUAAGGAAUAGCUCCUAUUGGCUAGUUAGAACUGAGCUGCUGGAAACCCUUGCUGAAAUAGAUUUUCGGCUAAUUAACUUUUUGGAAGGAGGGGCCAACAACUUACACAGAGGUUCUCAUCAUUAUACUGGACUGUUAAAACUUCAGGAUCGUGUGCUCAAAGAUGUAGUUAUUUCUCUGCUUGGAGAUGAAGACCCGAGAGUGAGGCACAUCGCAGCUACUACCUUAGUAAGACUGGUUCCAAAGCUUUUUUAUAAUUGUGACCAAGGGCAAGCUGAUCCAGUAGUAGCAAUGGCAAGGGAUCAGAGUAGUGUCUAUCUAAAAUUGUUGAUGCAUGAAACUCAGCCUGCUUCUCAGUUUGCAGCAAGCACUGUCACCAGGACUUACAGAGGUUAUAGCAUGGUUCAAAGUCCAACAGAUGUGACAAUGGAAAAUAAUCUUUCUAGAGUUAUUUCAGCUGUUUCCCAUGCCUUGACUACAUCAUCAUCAAGAUCUCUAACAUUUGGCUGCUGUGAGGCUUUGUGUCUUCUGUCCACAUCAUUUCCAGUCUGCACCUGGAAUGUAGGAUGGCACUGUGGGUAUGUUUCUUCCUCCAGUAUACAAGCUUCUAGAGUUCAUGUUUACAAAAACAGAAGACAGUCAUCCAGUUUUUCCCUACUGGGUUCUACUGAAGAAUUUCAAAAGAAUACCACUAUUGGAAUGGCAGGUUUGGUUCUGUCCCUUCUUUCAUCAGCUUGGCUCCCGCUAGAUCUGUCUGCCCAUCAAGAUGCUUUGAUACUGGCUGGAAAUUUGCUUGCUGCUAGUGCUUCAAAAUCAUUGAAAAAUCCAUGGACUAAUGAAGAUGAUGCCAAUCUUGGUGCUGCUAAGCAGGAGGAGCCUUGGCCAGCUCUAGCUGACAGAACUCUUGUUCUUUUAGUAGAGCAAAUUUUUUCUCAUUUGCUGAAGAUCAUUAAUAUCUGUGCUCAUGUACUGGAUGAUGUAGUUCCUGGCCCAACAAUAAAGGCAACGUUGCCAUCUCUAACAAAUCCACCUUCCCUGAGUCCAAUUCGGCGAAAAGGAAAAGAAAAAGAAAUAGCAGAACAGACAUCUGUACCAAUGAGCCCUAAGAAGACAAGUGAGAAUAGUCCAGCACCUAGGCAAAUUGAUGCUUCGGGUCCUGCUCCACCAAGUAAAUCAUCAUCACUGGGCAACUUCUAUCACCUCCCUUCAUAUCUGAAGCUAUAUGAUGUUUUGAAAGCAACUCAUGCCAACUAUAAGGUUACACUGGAUCUCCAGAACAACAAUGAAAAGUUUGGUGGUUUCUUGCGAUCUGGUUUGGAUGUUCUCUCUCAAAUAUUAGAGCUUGCAACUCUUCAAGACAUUGGAAAAUAUGUUGAAGAAAUUCUGGGCUAUCUGAAAUCUUGUUUCAGCAGAGAACCAAUGAUGGCAACGGUGUGUGUACAGCAGUUGUUGAAGACGUUGUUUGGCACAAACCUGGCUUCACAGUAUGAUAGUAUAUCUUCAAACCCCAGCAAAUCUCAAGGCAAAGCCCAGCGCUUAGGUUCUUCAAAUUUGAGGCCUGGGCUUUAUCAUUAUUGCUUCAUGGCUCCUUACACACAUUUUACACAGGCACUUGCUGAUGCUAGUUUAAGGAAUAUGAUGCAAGCUGAACAAGAACAUGAUACUUCUGGCUGGUUUGAUAUACUACAGAAGGUAUCUACACAACUAAAAACUGGCGUGAUGAGUACAGUGAAGCAUCGUGCUGAUAAGAAUAUGAUACAUAAUCACAUUCGUUUGUUUGAGCCCCUUGUCAUCAAAGCUUUAAAGCAGUAUACCACAACAACAUCAGUACAGCUGCAGAGGCAAGUUUUAGAUCUUCUUGCACAGCUUGUUCAACUACGAGUUAACUACUGCCUUCUAGAUUCCGAUCAGGUCUUCAUUGGAUUUGUUCUAAAGCAGUUUGAAUACAUUGAGGUGGGCCAGUUCAGGGAAUCAGAAGCAAUUAUUCCUAGUGUCUUUUUCUUCUUGGUAUUACUAUCUUAUGAGCGUUACCACUCCAAACAGAUAAUUGGAAUUCCAAAAAUUAUUCAGCUAUGUGAUGGGAUAAUGGCCAGUGGAAGGAAAGCUGUGACACACGGUAAUUAAAGAGGAAA